UUACCAAGAAAAGGAUAUUAAUGUCAAACCGGUGUCGUUUAACUUGUUUAGGAGCGUAUUUUCAAUUGCGCUGUAUCCUUCACUCCCAUUCCCAUGCUCUCUCUUCUCCCUUUGCUGCCUGGCGCUCAAACCGCCAUAUUUAUUUCUUCAAUUUAUCUGCAAGGUACACUAUUUUUUCUCUCCUAACUCCUUUCAUUUUUCUUCCAAUUAUCUGGGAGAUUUUUAGUUGUUAUGUUAAGAAGACCAAAGAUUAGAGCUUAUGUGACCCAAAAGCUCCAAUCUUUGUCUAAAAGUCCCAGUUUUUCAUUUUGUUCAUCUGGAUCUCAUUCAAAUUCUUCUUCUUUUGAUAAUGAUGAUAAUAAUAUUAGUUGUAAUAAGUUAAUUGUUAAGAACUUUAAUCAAAAUGGUUAUUUUAAUUCUGAGACUACUGAUUGGGAGAAAUUGCUUAAACCCUAUGACAUUGAAGAUCUUCAGAAAUCACUCAAUUUUCUUACACCCAUUAGACUGUGUAAAUUGAUUGAGCUUCCUAUUGAUGUGCCCACUUCGAUCGAGCUCUUCGAAUGGGCCGGUACCCAGAAAGGGUAUUCUCAUUCAUUUGAUGUGUAUUAUGCUUUGAUUAGUAAACUUGGUGCUGUUUCCGAGUUUAAGGAGAUAGAUAGGUUAUUGUUGCAAAUGAAAGAUGAGGGGAUUGUUUUUAGAGAGUCCCUUUUUAUGUUGAUUAUGAGGUGUUAUGGAAAGGCUGGAUUGCCUGGACAAGCCACUAGGUUGUUGUUGGAUAUGAGGAAUGAUUAUGGCUUCGAGCCGACCUUUAAGUCUUAUAAUGUUGUCUUGGAAAUUUUGGUUGCUGGGAAUUGUCAUGAGGUUGCUCCCAAUGUGUUUUAUGAUAUGUUGAAUAGGGGUCUUUCCCCAACUGCGUUUACCUUUGGUGUCGUGAUGAAAGCUUUUUGUAAGGCUAAUAAGGUGGACACUGCAUGGUCGCUUCUUAGGGACGUGACCAAGUAUGGGUGUGUCCCCAAUUCAGUCAUCUAUCAGACACUUAUUCAUGCUUUGUCUAAGGUUAAUCGCGUAAAUGAUGCAUUGACCCUUUUGGAAGAGAUGAUAUUGAUGGGAUGUAUCCCUGACGUUGAAACAUUUAAUGAUGUCAUUCAUGGUCUUUGUAAGGUUAGUCGUAUUCAUGAGGCAGCUAAGUUGGUUGAUCGGAUGCUUGCUCGAGCUUUCACCCCAAAUGCAGUGACCUAUGGGUUUUUGAUGAAUGGGCUGUGUAGAGCUGGACAAGUCAGUGAAGCAAGGGCUCUCUUGGGUAAAGUUCCUGAGCCUAAUAUCGUGCUGUUUAAUACCUUGAUAAACGGGUAUGUAAUUAUUGGAAAGCUUGAUGAAGCCAAAGCUAUUGUCCAAGAGAACAUGGUGGGUUCUAGAUGUGCACCAGAUGUAUACACAUAUAACAUACUUAUCCGAGGCUUUUGCAAAGAGGGUUUUCUAGGGUCAGCUUCUGAACUUGUGGAAGAGAUGGAACGUAAAGGAUAUAAGCUAAAUGUCACUACGUACACUACAUUAAUUGACGGUUUCUGUAAGAAAGGUAAACUCAAGGAAGCUAGUUUAGUCCGGGAUCAGAUGUCUGCCAAGGGGCUCAGCCUGAAUACUGCAGGGUACAAUAGCUUUAUAAGUGCCUACUGCAGAGAGGAGAACGUCCACGAGGCUUUCAGAAUAUAUGCCGAAAUGUCAGUAAAUGGAUGUAAACCUGACAUAUACACAUUUAAUUCAUUAAUUUAUGGGCUAUGCAAGGUUAAUGAAAUGGAAGAGGCUUUGAAGUUAUACCAAGAUAUGUUACUGGAAGGAGUGAUUGCCAACUCCAUUACUUUCAAUACAUUAAUCCAUGCUUAUUUGAGAAAAGGAUCUACAGAAAACGCACUUAAGCUUGUACAUGAUAUGUUAUUUAGAGGGUUGCCUCUUGACGUAGUCACUUACAAUGGCUUAAUAAAGGCACUGUGUCAGGGUGGGGCUGUGGAAAAAGCUUUAGAGUUAUUUGAGGAAAUGAUUCGAAAAGGAAUUAAGCUUAGCAUUAUUACAUGUAAUAUACUAAUCAAUGGCCUUUGCCGGACAGGAAAGGUACAAAAUGCACUGGACUUUUUAAGAGAGGUGAUUUAUAGAGGCUUGACACCAGAUAUAGUAACUUAUAAUAGCCUGAUAAAUGGUUUGUGUAGAACAGAACGCAUCCAAGAGGCUGUUAUCCUCUUUGAGCGGUUACAAGCUGAAGGAAUUGCCCCUGAUCCUAUCACUUACAACACUUUGAUUAACUGGCAUUGUAAACUUGGCAUGUCAAAUGAUGCCUUGAUGCUUCUAUAUAGAGGCCUGGAAAAUGGUUUUGUCCCCAAUUCUACCACAUGGUAUAUAUUAUUAAAAAAUUUCGCUUGCAUGGAAUGGAGGGAUGUGAUUCUGGCUGUCUCUUGAUCUAGGCUACAAGGAAGCUUCAUGUCUGUGCAAGUUUCUCCCAAAUGCUUGAGGAUAUUGCAAGGGAGCUAUGACUUUUGUUCUUUUAAGUGGCCGGGAUCCUUGUUUGAUAAUUUAUCACCUUUCCUCUGAUCAAUAGGGAAGAAGCAGCAAUAGAACAAAAUGUACAAAAGGCAUUUGAAACAUGUUUUAAUAUUUUGGCAGUGUAGAUUCGAUGUUUAAUUUCUUACGGUGGUAAUGCUGGUGCAAUGUGCCCCUGGUCCACAAAGUUGCAUUUGGACCAUGAUAGAGAGGCUACUAUGAAAUUGCUGCUGAUUAUUUCUGUGGGAUUCCUAUUGUCAAUUGAGUUUUACAUCUGAAUUCAACUCAUGUGGUCACGUGCAUGGAUUUGUGAAAGGACAAAAAUUGAACAAGUUGUAUCAAAUGUGGAAGCUGAUCUUAUGAGGUUUUCGACUGGAGACAAGGAAGGAAAGCCACUAAAACCUCCAUACAUUAGAGAAGGUUUGGUUCUUGAUGUCAUCAAACUAUCAAAGAGUUAUUUCAUGAAGAAGUUUGUUUCUAUGAAAGUCAGUUAAAAAUAAAAUGUCAUUGGGGGGGAAAAUGAUCAGUACACUUAUGAACAGGCACUCAACAAACUAAUCCAUUGUUGUGAAGUGUCUCUGACUCUCUGUGCUUAUUGUGAGUAGUAUUAAAUUAACCAAGAUUUAUGUAUGCUUGGUAUCUAGGAUUUGUUGUCAGUUUUAAAGCUUUCUCCCUUGUGGAGCUGACUUCAUGGCUUUUAGAGAAGGGUUCGACCGUUCAAGACUAUCAGAGAAAAUGGGGAUGCUGCUUCCUUGAAGAUAAAUCUGGGUGUGAAACUGUGAAUGUUACUGGGCCUGGGGGUUCGUUUUCCUGCAUACCAGAAGAGAAGCAAAAACUUUGGGGUAUCUGCUUAAGGUUUAAUGCAAGAGUUUAUGAAGCUGGAACCGGAAAUUGCUGUAAUAAAUUGAUUUUGCGGUUAAUUGUCUUGUGCUAUUUGAUUGUUAUUCGCAAAUGCAAAGAAGAUGAUGAUCAAAGAGGAUUGAAUAAACGAAUUUGCGACUUAUGUCACCCAUAAAGCAUAAAAGGCUCUUUCCAGCAGUGAAAUAUGCAACAACUGAAGUAAAACCUAUUUCUGAAAUGAUCAAGGAGUUGAGUUUUUCAGACAACAAAGGCUAUACCUUUCUCAUGUAUUCUUUUGCGUAAUGUAUACUUCAAACACUUUACUCCAGCAUUUUAUUAAUGUUUACAGUUAUAAUUACAGUUGGCAAUAAUUUUACUUUCGAUUUU